CGGAAAGAAUCGUAGAACUCACAGAAGAGACUAACAAAGCAGGUCCGAAAAGGAUUUAGAUGAAAUUCACAGUUCCGAGAAUAAUGGAUACAGCCUUCAAUAUCACUGCCAGGCCCGGGACAAGACGAGGAGUAAACUGGCGGUGAAAUUGUGUUGCAAUCUACAUUGGCACGGUCGGAUUGAUAUCUUGAUCAGAUUGAUGCUGGAUAAAUCUGGAGAUCUCAGGCAGAAUAUCGGACCAACGUCAUCGUAAUCUAUGGGACUGCAACCACCGUUCAUCCGUACUGCAAGGCAUAAUCGACAAGAUAAAACUCCCCAAUGAUCCGGGAGACAAAGACUAUAGAUUUUGGUAUUGAAAUAUAAUAGAGCCGCAAAGAUUAAUGAAAUCCUAAGUGAUGGAUACUACAAUUGUCCUAUAUCGAGUGGAGAAGCCUUAUAUUGACACCGAGUGCUCAUUGGGAGAAGGUCCAUACUUCCGAGAUGAGGAUCAGACGCUUAGAUUCGUUGAUAUUAUCAAGCGAAAGAUCUACUGGUUAGAUAUACGUAAGGGACCUUCAUCGCUCCAUAGCCAUCAGCUCGAUAUAUCUGCAGGGUGUACUACAGACAGUACUAUGGACAAGGGGUCCUUCAUUUUCGGAGGCAAAUAUGGCAUGUACCGCUUUACCGAAGCGUCCGACAAUUCGCCUCACCCGGUCGUCACUGAGCUGGCCAAGUAUCCCAUUCCGGAUGACUUGAGACAGAAUUUCAGAGCGAAUGACGGCGGCGUGGAUCCAGCUGGCCACUACUGGAUCGCAGUCAUGAAUGAUGACUCAGUGAAGGAGCCAACGAAUGAAGCUUUCGUUCUCCGAUAUGGUCCAGACCCAGUUCGACCACCUCGGAGAUUCUUGGAUGGACUGACCAUACCAAAUGGCAUCGCAUGGAGUCCGGACGGCUCCAUAAUGUACUUAUGUGACUCGCCUUCGAAGAAUCUCUAUGCAUUUGACUUCGACGUCAACAACAUCGACCACCCCAUUUCCAACCAACGGGUCCUUUUCCAUCUUGAGGGCGAUGGAGUCCCCGAUGGCCAUGCCGUUGACGUUGAAGGCUGUAUUUGGCAGGCAAUCUACGGUGGUGGCAAAGUCCUACGUAUCUCCCCUGAAGGCCGUGUUCUGACGGAGAUCCACCUUCCAACUCGUUGUGUCACUUGCCCGACGUUCGCUGGGACAGACCUGUAUAUCACCACCGCGGAAGAGGGGAACCCUAAAACGUAUCCAGAAUCGGCGCGGUUCGGCGGGAGGGUUUUCAGGUGCCACGUUGGCGUUGAAGGACUGAAACUGCAUCGGUAUAAUCACAAGACCUCCUGAGAAUGGUGCUGGGAAACGUCACAUUCGUUCCAACGAUGAGCGAUCACUGUCGUCAGCUUGAGGAGAUUCCCGACGGCUUCGCCAAGUGAUAGACUGGGCAUGCUCAAAACCCGCCCAAUUUCCUGAUAGCU